GUGCUCGAUGUAAUAACAUCAUGGGAUUUUUGUGGCAGGUGUCGCUUUAUGUAACAUACAAUUUUUUGGUUGUUUGUUGCGACGCGAUCGACCCCAGACUAAACUUGUACCAAGAUGUCCGCCUCACGUACAACAGAACCUUUUAUCAUACGGUUUUCUUUCACGAAGAAGGCUCCGAUAGCUUAUUUGUUGGCGGACCAAACUUUGUGAUCCAGAUUGAUUUAAAUCAACGUGAAAUUGUAGAGCACAUCAAUCUGACAUCAACAGAGCGUUCAUGCAGCGAGAGUCCUUGUGAAAAUGUGAUCACAGCGAUAGAGCAAUUCCAAGACUGCUUGUUUGUUUGUGGCACCAAUGGUGAAAACCCACAAUGUUGGAGGCUGUAUCCUGAAGGAAAAAAUUACAAUACUGAACCUGUGAAGAGUUUUGAAGGCACUGGUAUAUCCCCACCUAAAUAUUGGCAAAAUUCAAUAUCUCUCACAGCAGAUGGUGAUCUCUACGCUGCAGCCCCUCUGUAUAAAGAUGGAACCUCUCUUCAGUUUCGCAGGCAGACUGGCAGAAGAUCCAGCAUGUGGAUGUAUGACAAAUGGGUGACAAACCCGACCUUCAUCUCUGCUUUCCUGGCCAAACGUACAGAGGACCCAGAGAACGAGAAAAUAUAUGUCCUUUUCCGUGAGAAAAAUCCAGACAGCAGCCCAGAGGCUGACCCCUGGAUAUCCAGAGUGGCACGAGUGUGUAAGGUCGAUGAAGGUGGAUCUAAGAGAUUGUUUCAGAAUGUCUGGACGUCCUUCCUGAAGGCACGGCUAGUGUGUGGGAUCCCAGGAGAGUCCCUGUACUUUAACCGUCUUCAGGAUGUCUAUGUGCAACACGGCAAGAACUGGAAAGAAUCUCGAGUCUACGCUCUCUUCACGAGUAGUUGGAACUCCACUGCUGUCUGCAUAUACUCAUUGGGUGACCUCGAUAAGGUUUUUGAGAAUUCUUCUUUCAAAGGCUACAACCAUGAGAUCCCUCACCCAAGACCUGGAACAUGUGUUGAGAACAGCAAGGCUCUGCCCAUUUCUACAAUCAGUAUCAUCCGGGAUCAUCCAGAAAUGACUGACUGGAUCCAGCCCAUUCACAAAGAAACUCCUUUCUAUACAAGCAACAACAACUACACUAGGAUAGUGGUGGAUAGAGUCCAGACUGCAGACAAACACAUGUACAAUGUGAUAUAUCUUACCACAGAUUCUGGCAAAAUACAUAAAAUAUUGGAGAAUAAAACAGAGGCCUUUAUCAUCUCUGAAACCCAGCUUUCUGAAGACCGUGCUCCUGUACAGUCUAUGACAUUAGACUCCAAAAAGAGAAAACUGUUUGUUGGAUUCUCUGAGCAAUUGUCCAUGAUGGACUUGCACAGAUGUCAGGAUUAUAACACAUCUUGUGAGACUUGCGUCCUUUCCCGUGACCCCUACUGCGCAUGGGCCGAAAACGGCUGCACCCAUGAGAUACAAGGAGGAAUUCAGAAUAUUGCCACUGGUGAAACAUCCAUUUGCCGUAAAGUAUCAGGAUCAACGAGGCGCAAACGGGACACGCUGUCCCCUUCGCCGGAGCCUCGGAGAGCCAAGCACUCUGUUCCUCUGGGUUUCCCGUUUUACCUGACCUGUCCCAUGGAUUCCCAUCAUGCUUCAUACAUCUGGAAACACAACGAGCAGAGCAGCCCUUGCCAGCAGAGUGGCUCCAAUUGCCUUCACCUCAUUCCAGCCGUUGCAGAGACUGACUAUGGCAGUUAUGAGUGUGUAUCUAUGGAGCGUGACUACACCAGGGUAGUGAGAGAGUACCAGGUUGAGCGUCAGGUCGAGGCAAGAAGUAGUCCCUACUCCUACAGUCAGAGCAAUGUUUCCGGUCUCAGGGUGCAAAGAACAUGGGUUAUUGUUGCAGUGGUGGCUUUGCUCAUUGUUCUUUAAUCUAGUGAGUUUAGAAAUCUUUGCCGAGUGCAGUAAUUCUUUGUACCAUCUUUGAGCUUUUUGCUUUGGUCUAAGCUGAUUUAAAACCAUCUCUAGACGGGUUGGACAGGGAAGGUAAAUAUUUGGAAUCCAACUAACAUUGAGGUUAAGUCAGAAGAGCCGUUGGUCUUUUGUGGCUGUGGUGUCUCUUCCCAAGGCUUCACCUCUUGUCUUGUUCCCCAGUGUCAGCAAAAGUUGUCAUCUACCUUCAGUUCAGCAUGCUAAAGGGCUUAGCAGUUGUUUGCUUCUAACAGUUUAUUUUGGUACAUAACCCUGAACAGCAGUCUUUGUUGUUUAUGUGAGGUCCACCUAGACCCAGAAUGUGUUUUGUAUUUUUAGAAGAGGCCAAAAAUACACCCAGUUUCCUCCAAUUCAUUAUGAUAAACAGGACAGUUCCCAACAAGCCCAAAGUCAAAUUCAAAAACAAACUAUUCUGCUUCUAAUUUAUCAAUUAAAUUUUUUUUCAUGCAUCAGUGACUCUCCUUGUUGGCCUACAGUCAGAGUGGACCCUGGGAUUGUGGGUUGCUCGUUGAGAUCAAGGCUGGUCCCAUAUUUAAAAUAAUGGAGGGCACAUUCCUGUUAACUGUUAGCUUUCAUCCAGCGAGCAUCUAACCAGGAAGAGUAAUAGUAAAAACACAACUGUGACAUAACAUGUUUUUCUUUAUGGGAGGAAUUCUAAAACAAGCUGAAGUACUUCUGGGUGAUAGACUUAUUACCAGGGUGUUGCCGCAGACUUGUAUACAUCUAGGGUUGACUGUAUCGAGGCGUGAAGGACACGGUGUUGCUAAGGGCCAAAGGAAAUCCCUCUCACCUAAGGAAUUUCCUUUUUUUCUGUUGGGAAUGUGUUUGGGACAGCUGUGAGAAUCUGUGAUGGGAAGAUUUUUGCGGGGUGAUACUUAUAAGGCAAUUGUAUGUAAAUGUUGGAAAAGACAGUUUAUAAAUUUGGAGUAAAAAAGACAGUUUGUAAAUUUAGAGACAGUUUAUAAAUUUAGAGUAAACCGUCUUUUGCGCAGUUAUUUUUUUUUAUUAUUUGUUUUUAGGAAGGAACACGUAACGAUAGGAAAGGAAGGUAGGGAAGGCGCCAUAGCCUUAGACUUGGAGUCUUAAGAGGUUCCUCGGCCUGAGCGUGUGUGUCAAAAGAAUAAAUAUGAAGUAGUGAAAAAAAAACGCAUGCAUUGCAACAUCGGGACAUUUUUAGUUACAGUGUGUGGGUCUUCUUCCCCUUUUGUGUUUUCAGUACCAUACGAGGGGGGAAACAAGCAUGUCGUUGAAGGGAGUAACUGAAAGUUUAAGAUUUGUGACAUUGUUUUACUGCGUCAUAGCUGACCUGCACUACUUCUUUUUGCUACAUCUACGCACUUUCUAUAAAUGAUUUGGCUCUGGAAAGCAUUGGCAUUUCACUCUGGCAGUGUGUGUAAUGGUAGGGGUUGACCAAGGGCAGAAGAAGCUGAGGACUUCUAUUAAAUAAGAGUGAAAUGGCAUUCUGAGCUGGGCACCCUGCAGGAUGAUUAAUAACUGCAGGUAUUCACUGCAAGAGUUUUUUAUUCAUUGUCGACCCUGCUUUUCCACAGCUGAAUUUUAUUUAACCUGUGUAUUCAAUUUAUUUAUGAAACUUAAAUUAUUCUACAAUUCAUUUAUUUCUUUUGAAAUAGGCUAUUGUUUCCACUGCUGAUUUCCACUGGCACUUUCUGAAAGUAAUUGGUCAGAAGUUGCCUCUGACCAUGAAGUUUAAAAAAUGCAAUCUGUACUGUUUGCACAUUUCUGUUUAAAAAAAAUAUCAUACAUUUAGUGAUCUGUGCCUGUAUCGGUUCAUAAAUUAACACAAUGGACACUGCCCUGAAACUCUCGGUUCCACUUCUUUGGAAGCUAACUUUCAUUCUAGCUACUCCCCCAGGCAAGUGGCUUUGAUCAACAGCCGGGGCAGGCUGAAAUUACUGCAGUUCAUAGAAAGGCUUGAAUUUUCUUGCAUACAGAUAUGGAAUACUGAAUUGAACCUAUGUUUUAUGUAUUAUUGAUUAAGAGCAUUCUAUGAUGGUCACUGUUAGAUAUGAUAGACAGCUACAGAAAAGCUUUAAAUGUCAAAAAAAAAAGCUUCCCUAGGUUUUCAUGUCAUCUGCUGGAUGUCUUCACUGUAAAAACUGGACCAGGCAUGAAAAUAUAUCCAAUGCCUUAUCAGUGAUGAAGUAAAACAAAAGAUAGAAAGCAUAUUUUUUAUAAAUACUUAUGAGAAUGAUAUUACAGUUUUGUUAUGGAAUACAGAUAUAUUUAUAAAAAACUUUUGACAGCAAAUUCAUGUUUUUAUUUAAAGAUGCAGAUUUGAUACUGUUAUAACCAUAAUAAAUGUAUCAAUAUUGUCAAGUUGUUUUUCAACCAACAUGGCUAUGUAAAGUGUUCUUGAAAACUUAAAGGCCUAGAGAUACUAUCCGCUAUUUAGACCCUAAAUUAGAAACCAUUUCUAAUAAGGCUUUCUGCAUCAUCAUCAGUUUCUUUUUUUUCCUCAGAGGUGAGAAGUGAGAAAAUGGAACAUAUCCAUUCAGCUGUAAAUAUUUAAACACAGUCCAUUCAGAGACAAAUCAAUUAUUUACAUGGGCUAUUGAUGCAACCUGUUUCCGUGAUGGAGUUGCACACAAUGGCAACAUGAAGAGCGCCUUAGAUGGAGAACAUGCAAAGCUGUUUACUGUAACUGCUUACCGAGACAUUUCCAGCGAAUAGCAAUUCUAAUACUCAAAUGACAAAGACAACAAAGGUUGUCAUUGAUAUGUCCCCUGCCUUCAGUAUUUCCCAGAUAUCUAUUAUGACAACUGAAUUUGCAAUGCAUGCUGCUAAAUGUGUGCUGUAGAGAGGCAUUAA